AUGUCAUUUCAAAUGCGUGAGGAUACUGGCCCAUCCACGACCGAUGAUCAACAGCUUGACCUUCCCGUACCUGACACACAGGACAGGGAGGGUCGGGAAACUAUUCUUGACCUCAUUUCUGGCCUGCAUCUCAGCUCUGAUUAUAGUGAUUUAAGAAUCAUUUGCGAGGAUAAAAUCUUCCCAGCUCAUAAACUUGUUGUUUGCUCCAGAUCGAAGUAUUUCCACAAGGCUUGUUUUGCUGGUUUCAAGGAAACUAAAGCAUCGAUUCAUCUAGACGAGAAAAGCCCAGUCUUAAUUGAGAAGAUGCUAGAAUUUCUGUACACGGGCAAUUACACCCUCGGAUGCCGUACGACUAAAGUGGUGAACCCACAGACCGAUUACGAUGAAGGGCCAAGAAAUGAUACAGAGAAUGCAGGAAAGCCGUUGAUAGAUUGUCCAUCUGGAAAGCGUACCAUCGAUGGGCAUGCGGCAGAAAUGACAGCGGACGGAUUCUUCGAUGGGUCGUCGAUGAACGAGAAACAAGCUCCAGUUCACGAACCCCUCGAGGAAGGUCCAAUUGAGAAAGGGAAUAUCGUGGGGCCUGCCGUCGAUAUAUUGGCUGACUGUCAUCCAUGCUACUUCCAUGUGCGCAUGUAUGGCGAAGCAGAUUACUUCAUGAUCAGUGACCUGAAAGGAAAAGCGAAAGAAAAAUUUCUUUCAUCUUUCUUAAAUUGUUCCGAAAAAGAAUCCUUUUCAGAGACAAUCGCGGAACUUUAUUCAACACGAGCCAACUACCGAGAGCUGAGGAAGUUGGCGGUCGAAGUGAUAGUCGACAACUUACCGCUCCUUAGAAAGGGAUUCACCCCGGUGAUUGAUUCAAAACUCAUGAAAUCGGUUCCUGACUUUGCUAUUGAUCUAUGUAUACCAGCAAUGGAUAAAUAUGUGAGUGAGCCGCCUAACAUGAAACCAUAUCCAUUCCCUUCGGGGUUUGAAUACAAAGGGGUUGACUACAUGCUUCGUCUACCAAACUAG